AUGUUUGGAAAUGAAGGAUUGAGUCAAGUGAGGCCGAAUGGUCGAUGCGUUACAAGUUUUUCAACUAAUUUAAAAUAUUUAAAACGUACAACAAGUAAUAAUCAUCAUAAAAAUCGUUUAAAAAAUGAUUUACGUGCAUUUCUUGUUAUAUUAAUUGAAAGUUUUUCUGUUAUAACAAUAUCAUGGGACCCGGUCGGGUCCGGUAAAUCAUGGCAUAUUAAACAAAAUCCAUUACUUUCACCAUCACAACAAAUGGAAUUACAAAUAUCAAAUGAUGCAUCAAUAAAUUAUAAUUAUAGUAUUUAUUCAAGACCUGAAAAUUAUCGACAUUCUGAACUUACAUCAUCAAUACAAAUAAAAAAAUUUAAACAAACAUUAUCAAAAAAACAAAAAAACGUCUUAGAUAAUGAUGAUUCAUUAAAUAUAUCUAAAAAUGAAGAUGAACAAAAUAUUAAUGAUCAAAAUGAAUUAGAAUUAUUUAAUAAAAAUCAAUUAAUUAAUAAAUAUAAAAAACCACAAAUAAUUAAAACAUUUUUUAUUGAUAAAAUACAUUUUUUUGGUUCAAAAAAAAAUAUUCAAAUAAGAAAACAACAAACUAAAUUAAAUACAAUUGAACAAACGAAGAAAAGAAAAAAAAACUAA